AGAGGAUGUUACUAGAGCUGGAUGUCUCUAGAGGAUGUUACUACAUGCAGAGGAUGUUAUUUUAUUCAAUGCAUCUAGUGCUUUUUGUUCCUGAUAGCUCGAGCAGUCCUCGAAGUGAAUGUUUUAUUUUUUGAAUAUUUUUUUUUUUGUUGAGAAAAAACAGUAUACAUACAAGAAGUAUACAAACAAUGAUAACAUAUGCUAGGGGGUACAACAAAUUACAGAUUAUACAAAGACCUUAAAAGAUGCACACAUAUUGAUUGUUUUAACAGCUUUCUUAUUAGAAGAAUGUAGAAUGGUCUUAAUGUACUGCUCGAAUUCCUAAUAGAAAACACAAACGUGUUUUUUUAUUAGUGAAUUUACAUGUAUGAAUAUGACAUUUUGCCACUAGCACAAUUAGAUUUGAGAUAAAAUUGUUUUUCUUUAUCCUUUUUAUAGUUAAGAAAACCGAGCAGCACAUUCUCCCAUAAAAAAAAACAAAUAAAAGUUAUCAAGAAUAUUUACAAUGAUAAAACUAUGAAUAUCUUUCCAUAAUUUCUUUACAUGUAGACAACGCCAAAAUAAAUGCAAUACUGUUUCUGGAUGCUCAACACAAAAAGUACAGUUAAUGUUAAUGUGUUUUUUGAGUGUCUUCAGGUAAUGAUUCGCAGGGUAAUACUUAUGGAUCAUUCUGAAAGAGACCUCUUUGACCUUGUUAACAAGCAUGUAUUUGUGUGAUAAUAACCAGACUUUUUUCCAACAGAUAUUAUUCACAAAUGUAUUCCAUCCAGUCAAUUGUGACAUAAGGAAUGGAUACAUAAAUAAAGCAUGUAUAGAUCUGUUGUUCUCAGGGAGCAAGGAGAAACAAAUGUGUCCUAUUGGUGUCAACUGGAUUAAUUCAGGGACUUCGAAGUGAAUGUGGCUAUUUUUGCUUGUUGCAAUAUGACGUGUAUAGUCACGUGACCGCGAGUGUAACGGGCGGAUAUUUUCAAAAUGGAAGAAAUGCAAAAGUUUUGGAGUAAAAUAAAAUAGCAACAUUCAUUUGUUUUUUUUAAUCAAAGGUCGUUUACGGCCGUGGAUAAAUUAACCUGGUUGAACAUGUAUUGAAUAAUACGUUUGUAUCGAUUGGGAAGACACGAGAAGCAAGAUGAGUGUUUCAAUCGGUAAUAAAAUCGAGGACUUCAAAGUUCUCACACUCCUUGGUAAGGGCUCCUUUGCAUGUGUUUACCGGGCAAAGUCAGUUAACACUGGCUUGGAGGUGGCAAUCAAAAUGAUUGACAAAAAAGCAAUGCACAAAUCUGGUAUGGUCCAGCGUGUGAGUAACGAAGUGGAGAUUCAGUGUCGAUUGAAGCAUCCGUCAAUACUAGAGCUGUACACCUACUUUGAAGACAGUAAUUAUGUGUACUUGGUGUUGGAGAUGUGCCAUAAUGGAGAGAUGAGUCGAUACCUGAAAGAUAGGAAGAUGCCCUUCUCAGAGGGUGAAACAAGGCACUUCAUGCAUCAAAUAGUGAAAGGUAUGCUGUACUUGCAUACACAUGGCAUCAUGCAUCGGGACCUGACCUUGUCCAACCUGCUUCUGUCGGUCAAUAUGAACCUUAAAAUAGCUGACUUUGGCCUGGCCACCAAGCUGAAGCUCCCCAGCGAGAAGCACUUCACCAUGUGUGGCACACCCAACUACAUCUCCCCAGAGGUGGCCACCCACAGUGCCCACGGCCUGGAGUCUGAUGUCUGGUCUCUGGGCUGCAUGUUCUACGCCUUCCUGAUGGGCCGGCCACCGUUUGACACAGACACGGUCAAGCACACCCUCAACAAGGUGGUUCUGGGGGAGUAUGACAUGCCCAGCCAUGUGUCCCAGGAGGCCCAGGACCUGAUCCAUCAGCUGCUGAGGAAGGACCCUGCGCAACGGCCCAGCCUGUCUGCCGUGCUGGAGCACCCCUUCAUGACCCAAAGCCUGCUGGCCAGGACCAAGGAGCUGAGCCUGGGGGAGCCAGGCUCCAUGGACAGCGGCAUCGCCACCAUCUCCACAGCCUGCACCUCGUCCACGUCUGGCAGCAGCAGCAGCAGCAGCAGCCGCCAUCUCCAGAGGAGAACCAGGCGUGUGAUGGGACCUGCCUUGCCCAAUCGCAUGAUGCCUAUCCCUACACUGCCCCGGCCGCCCAGCAACGCCUGCUUUGAGGGGGUUGAGCAGUGGCAGCAGCAGCACUCAGACAGAGUAGGCAGGAGCAGAGCUGCUCCGGGUGGGGAGAGUGGACGGCCCCACUCCAGGUACCCACGAAGGGCUCACUCCUCAGACCGGUCUAGCUCCUCUGUCACUCCAGCCCAGGGGAUGGGGCAGGCAAAGCUGGAAAGGUGCCACUCUGAGGAGAUGCUGACUGUGUCAGGGAGACUGGCCUUUCCCAUGUCCUCCAGCUACAAGGACACUCCACAACCCUUCGCAGAACAUGGAAGGCUCCCAUUGCCACCUGUCAAACAGACAGCCAGCUCAGGAUGUUCAUAUUCCACACAACCACCACAUCCACUAAACCUGCAGUUAGAAGAGUCAGAAGGUGUACAAAAUUGGUUCAGUAAAGAAGGCCCGUUUCCGAGGCCCACGGAUGUCAGCUCUCACAGCAGCAGUGGCAGUUUCCAUAGCAGCAGGGAGCCUCUAGGUGUACACAACUACUGGAGUGACAAACCAGCAGGCAGAGGGACCAGUUCUCACCGCAACCACAACCAGCACCACCCCUCAAACACUGAGUCCUACUGGGAGAAUGGGCAACAAGUACAUGGGGGAGAGCUGCAGAGUCUGUCCAAACCCAAACCAAGUAUAGCAAAGGAGAAGUCCCUGAGAAAUGUGCUCCCUCCCCUGUGUGCCUACAGACUGAAACCCAUCAGACAGAAGACUAAAAACGCUGUGGUGAGCAUUCUUGAUACAGGAGAAGUGUGUAUGGAGCUUCUCAGGGGCCAGGGCCCCCAGGAGAGAGUCAAAGAGGUCCUUAGGAUAUCCUGUGAUGGUUCGAUGGUCACUAUUUACCAGCCCAAUGAGGGGAAAGGUUUUCCUGUACUAGAGCGCCCCCCUGCUCCUCCUGAAAACAUCUUGAUCUGCAGCUAUGAGGACUUACCAGAAAAAUACUGGAGGAAAUACCAGUAUGCCUCCAAGUUUGUGCUCCUGGUGAAAUCCAAGACUCCAAAGGUCACCCUCUAUACCAAGUCUGCUAAGUGUAUGCUGAUGGAGAACUCCCCCAAUGCAGACCUGGAGGUGUGCUUCUACGAUGGAGCAAAAAUCCACAAGACGUCGGAGCUGGUCCGGGUGGUGAAGCGUGGGAAGUCGUACACAGUGAAAGGGGAGGUGGGUCUGAGUGGCCUCAGCCCAGAGAGCAGGCUGUAUGUGGAGCUGUCUGACGAGGGCCACAGCAUGUGUCUGUCUCUAGAGGCGGCAAUCACUGCAGAAGAGCAGCACAGUGCCAAGAGCACUCCCUUCUUCCCCAUCACCAUCGGCAGGAGACCUGCCAACCCAGACUCCUCCUGCCCCUCGUCCCAGCCUGCCACUGCUGAUGUGGCAUCACUGCCCCAGCCCCCAUGUUUCACUCCCUCUAGGAUCUCCUAUGAAGAGUCUGACAUCACCUCAGCCAGUGUGAACAAAAACUGCUCUCCGCUGUCGGUCAAACAAGACCACACGGCCAACGCAGGGAAAGUCCUCAAGUCUGUCUUUGUGCCAAAUAUUGGUUGGGCCUCACAGCUGACCAGUGGAGAGGUGUGGGUGCAGUUCAAAGAUGGCUCCCAGCUAGUGGUGCAGGCAGGGGUUUCCUGUAUUAUCUACACGUCCCCAGAGGGACGGACCACCAGGUACAAGGAGAAUGAGAAGUUGCCAGAGCUUGUGAAGGAGAAGCUGCACUGUCUCUCCACCAUCCUGGGUCUGUUGGCCAGUCCAGCAGCACGCCGCUGAAUCAAACCUCAGCAUUGCCCCCUUGCUGUUAUAUUGACACGUCCCUGUGCAGCAGGGAGGAGAAACUUUCACAGCCUUUAUACUGUGAUAUUACAUACCUCUUUCAAAUGUGCUUGUAAAUAUGUUUAUUUUCUAUGUACAGAUGACAAAUUAUGAAGAUAUAUAUUUUGAAGUACCAAUGUUGUACAGCAUCUUGUUGAAGUAGUUUGUGUGUAAACUUGUAUUUUCUAUAUUGUCAGUUGUCGAACCAUCAUCUCCAUGAAAUGUCAGAUGCUUAAAAGCUGAAGCAAUAAACAUCUGCAGGCUGGGUAGAGUUCAGGGUUCUUCAU